AUGUAUACAAAUUAUAAUGACUUAAUUACCAUAAAAUCUCGAAAUGAACCAAUACUAGAAAUACCGUCUGCUAAAUGGGGCGUAUAUGAUUCUAUGACAGAAGAGUUUUUCUUAUCCAAAGCUUUCUCUGAAUCUAUGCAACCUUCACAUGUAAUUCCAUAUUAUUUUCGUGCUGAUAAUCCCCCCGAUGAAGAAGACAUAACUAUUACCACGUUAAUAACGUCUAAUCGUUUUCCAGUUUUUGAUAGACUCGUCACAAACUAUCAAGGUCCAAUUUCUGUAACAAUACAUGUUAGUGAUGAUGAAGAGACACGUGAAGAAUUGCUCAAAUCUCUUAAUGACUUAUACAAUGGCAACCCGUACAUGAAACAAUAUGUUGAUGUUCAUCUUGUUGUUGAUAGAUUUGACCGGCAAUUUAAUAUGUGGCGUAAUAUUGCAAAAUUUUUUGCUAGAACAAAUUAUAUAAUGAUGUUGGAUUACGCUGAUUUGAAUGAAGGUCUUAAUCAUAGUACAUUUCCAACUACGAAAAAGGAUGCAUUGGAAUUAGUUGAUUCAAAACGAUUAGUCAUGUUCCAUGCCUCGUGGAAACCAGGCCACGCUGCAUGCCUAUUUGAAUUAUAUCUUUCUGGUGUUGACUAUUGGGUACUUCCUGAGGACUUUUUAAUUCAUCAAACACACAAAUAUCUAGAAAAUGCAAGAAAACAUGAG